UAAAUACAUUGGUAGAAGAUGAGAGAAAGCCGUACGUUCUAGGGUUAGUGGAAAGUAAUGGACAUUCAGCGAUUUUGAAAUGUUGCAGUGGUUUUCAUUACAGAAUGACUUUACGUCCAUUGACUGGAGAUGAAACUGUGUCGUCGUGCCUUACUGGACUACAACAAGUCUUAAACAACGAUGUGGCGACUAAAUUACUUUUGAAAUACUAUCAACUAUCAAAUUGUAGCGAAGAUAAGGAUCAUUUUAACCCUGACGAAGAAUGGCAAAACUUUUGCAACAUUUUACUGAAACUAAUUGGCAAAAGUACCGAAGAAUCGUUCACCAGCGCUCCUGCAAAGAAAUCUCGAACGAAUUCUGAUGAAGGAGAAAAAGAUUUAAAAUCCAGCAUUCCACAUUGUGGAUCUAAAACUCGAGAUGCGUGGCGAUAUUUGUUGAAUAACAUCACUGAUCAUAAUGAAUCAUUAAUGAAAGCUGGCUUUGAUAUACCCAUCCAAUCAGAAACGGUUACAACAGACAUCGUCACGAACCAAUCAUGGGACACGAAUGCUUUGCUUUAUCAACACAUACCAAGCGUCGUUUUUGUUCUCCAUCUCAUACACGAGGAUUUGAAGCUUAGCAGCUUAAAACUGGAUGGUGUUCAACGUCUGGGAAGAUUUUUGCUCAUGUUAACUUGCAUGAUUGACUGGGAGGAAUAUGUCACGUUUUACUCAAAAGAAUAUUCACAAAUAUACGAAGAGGUUAAGAAUUCAACAAGUGCGACAGAACCGCCUUCAAAAUAUGAUUUAUUUUUUCCUUCCUUUGUUACAAAUGACCCUCCCAACGUUUUUAAAUGUUUGAUGGCGUGUUUAAAAGGACAGAAGAUCGAAAACUUUCCUGUUCUUCCUGCUGUUUGUGAGCAAACGUUUAAAAUAAUGAUGAUGUAUUCUUUGUGCAUUCCUACAAAAGAUGGAAGCUUUUGUGAAAGCGCUGAUGAAAUAUUCAACUCGAUAGCGUUUAAUUGUGAUCAAAAUUAUAAAGUUUACUUUAACGAAGAAUCCAAAAGAUGCGAAACUCCCGCUGACCGUUUAGUUCAUUUCAUGGCAAAAAUCGGUUUUACCAUCGACGAUUUGAAUGCGUUACCGUUCGGUGUUUCUUUACCUCUUCGCGAAGCGAUACAUCAAUGUCACAACAAACCAUCACAUUGUUUGUCAGAAGAAAGCUGUACUCUUAUUGGACGAGAGGAGUUGGCUGCCCAAGCGAGGAUGACUGAUGAGUCGAUUAAUCUUUGCGGCAAUGCGAAAGCCGUCAAUAAUAGCGAUGAAGUUGACGACGGUAUGAACUUCGAAUGUGAAGUAACAAAACUGCGAUUCAGUAUUGAUCACAGAAUUCGUGAAGUGAGACGAUUAUUACAAUCUGCAAGACCAAUUCGUGUUUCGUUAGUACAGAAUCCAGAAGUUAGUGACCAUGAUUUUGUACAAGAGCAAGAAGCGAGACUUUUGUUGAUGUCCAAACGAACUUUAUCUCUCUCUGUUGGAAGAGGAAUGUUUUCACUCGCUACUUGUCGACCAAUUGUAACCGAACUUGUCCACGUUCCUCGAUUGGAGAUAACAGGUCGUGUUUUACCGAGGAACAAUGUUGUUUCGUUGGAUCAUAUCGAUGUUCCCACGGAUAUGAUGGUAUGGCCUGCAUUUCACAAUGGUGUUGCUGCCGGAUUGAGAAUUGUUCCUGGAAUUUCACAGAUUGAUAGCACCUGGAUUGUUUACCAUCGACCAAAAGACUGCCAGUUGACCAAUGAACAUGCUGGAUUCCUUAUGGCUCUUGGUCUUACUGGCCAUUUAUCAAAUCUUGCGAUAAUGAACGUUCACAAUUAUUUAUCCAAGGGUCAUGAACUGACCAGCAUUGGACUGCUUAUUGGCUUAGCAGCGACCAAACGUGGUACUAUGGAUGCUGCUACCACUAAGAUGUUGUGUAUUCAUAUCGAUGCCUUGUUACCACCUACUUCUGCUGAAAUUGAAGUUUCAGUCAAUGUUAGGAGUGCGGCCAUAAUAGGGAUUGGUUUGGUUUAUCAAGAAAGUGGUCAUCGUCUUAUGACUGAAGUUUUACUGUCUGAAAUAGGUCGCCCUCCUGGCCCGGAGAUGGAAAAUGCCCUAAACAGAGAAUGUUAUUCGCUUUGCGCGGGCCUGGCAUUAGGAUUGAUCAUGCUGGAGCAUGGACGAGAAACAGCUGGUUUGUCUGACUUAAAUAUCUCUGAUCAUCUUUAUCACUACAUGGUUGGAGGUCACAAGAAAACACAGAUGGGUGCACAAAGUGAGAAGUUUAGAUCUCCAAGCUACUUGAUCAAGGAAGGCGACAAUGUUGACAUAAACGUGACUGCUCCCGGAGCGAUACUCGCUUUAGCAUUGAUUUAUCUUAAAAGCAAUGACGAAAUCGUUGCAUCGUGGUUGUCAGCGCCAGAAACCCCCGUCUUGGCUGAGUUUGUCCGACCAGAUCUUCUUAUGUUAAAACUAUUGGCCAGAGGUCUUGUUCUUUGGGACAGCGUUUUACCAACGAAGGACUGGGUUCAAUCUCACAUCCCUAAAAUAUUUCAAGAUUAUGCUUUCACUGGAAAUUCAAAAGACAACAACGACAAUGUCAGUGUUGACUUGGAAACUAUUACGCAAACCUAUGUAAAUAUCAUCGCUGGUUGCUGUUUUGCUAUGGGUAUCAAAUUUGCUGGAUCCUUUAAUAAAGAAGCGUAUGCUACACUUAUGUAUUACACCAAGUACUUCAAAGAUAUUCUCGAAAAACCAGAAGUGGAGCAGUGUGGUAGGGUCGUUCUGGAGCAAUGUAUGAACGUCACGUUGCUGUCAUUAUCCAUGGUUAUGGCGGGUACUGGUAAUCUCGACAUUCUUCGACUCGCGAGAGAAUUUCAUAAACGACACUCGGUUGACGUCACGUACGGUAAUCACAUGGCCAUACAUAUGGCAAUUGGAUUUCUGUUUCUUAGUAAUGGAAGGAGUACAUUGUCCACCUCAGCUCCUGCUGUCGCAGCCCUCAUUUGUGCCUUGUUCCCACAGUUUCCAUCGACGAGUUCAGAUAACAGAUGUCAUUUACAAGCCUUACGUCAUCUUUAUGUCUUGGCUGUGGAACCACGCCUUCUCGUACCAACAGACGUGGAUACAAAGGAAGCAUGCUACUGCCCAGUCGAAAUCAGUUUAAGGGAAACACAAUACUAUCCUGAGACGGUUAUUCGAGAACUCGCCCCAUGCCUUUUGCCCGAAGUAAACAACAUCAAACAAGUUCGUAUUGGCGGGAAAAGAUACUGGCCUGUUGUACUUGAAGGAGAUGAACUACCAGAAGAGUUAAGGCUGUUGUUGUCAAAAGGUGGAACUGUGUUUGUAAAGAAAAGAAUCGGUCAACUUCCGUACAAAGACGAUCCAAAGGGUUAUCGUAAUUUAAUGGCUCGAACUUUUACCAAACAAGCCGAAAAGGUUGAUAUUGUUCGCUCGUUUUCAACUGAUCAAGAACUUAUCAAAUUUACGGAAAUAUUUUGUCAAAAUUCUUCCAAUCGUAAAAAGGAAGUUCGUUGUGCUGACUUUUUAUCUUCCGUACUUCUAAAUUGCGUGAGCAAAGAAACAACGUCCAUCGUCUACACGUAUUUUGCGAUAGAGAACGCACUACAAGCUGUUGAAAAUUCUAGCAACAUAUGCAUGCUGAGAGAACUCUUAAUAGUUUUGACGUAUUACGAAAAUGCUUUUGAACGUUUGAAGAAGAGAAAUUCGGAGUUAGAGCCCAUUAUUAAUCCCCUUUAUAUUGUCGAAAUUCAAAGUCGCCUGGCUGCUCAUUUCAAGUCCUUCACUAACAGAGUCACGUAUGAAUUACGAGAACACGUUGGCAACAUGGAUAGGAAGAUAAGCAAAGAGCUGGUGUCUUACAUGACGUAUCAUGCUAUGAACGAAGCCAAGACUCUUCCUCGUGUUGUCACGAAACAAAAUGCUCCUUUAGAAGUAAUGAUGAAAAAAUGUGAAGAGCUUUGUUUAUCUUUUCCUAAUCUCUUGAAAUUGCGCUCAAUUAUUCAAUCGUGAACAACUGACGUCAGUUUAGGGCUGGUUCAGUGAAGCGUUAUCAUUUUGGUAAAUGGAGAAGAUUAAUUUCUUCACAUCAAAAAACUUAUUUGAGCAAUUUCUCCAUGCUCUGACUUGGCAAAUUCACAAAGCCUUUCAAAUGAACACAAAUAAUUUAGCCUGAUUUUUUACGACUAAAAUGGCUAAUGUCGCUUAAGAAAAGGUUGUAACUUCGCUUAAAGUUUUUACUCCUUUCAAUUACUUUAAAUCAUGAUGUUAUCAGCCUCUUAGAGUUAAGGAACUCAUCCCACAUUAAGCUGCACUCGAUCGCUGGCCAUUUUUAUAGGGACUCAACUCAGUGGUUGAGGUCAUUCAGUUUGAUCUUAGCGCUACUGAGGUUCUCCUCGAAGUUGGUCUGUUUGUAAUUUGUUUCCCCCGUGAAAAUAUACGGUUAGCCCAUCGAA